GAACCGAACCCAACGGAAAGGUCACCAUUAAUGGCGGAAACCUCAUGAAGCCCGCGACAGACUACUUAUCUUCUUCUCAUUCAAUGCAUGUAGCAUUAAAUUCCUUCUUCUGUCGGGUACUUUUAUAGCAACCCAACUUCUCCAUUUUUCUACAUUAUAUAUAUACUACUCUACUCUGCUCCAUUUCUUUGCUUCUUUUAAUUCCACCUCUUAAGCCGCACAAGACCCAUUUAUUAGUGCUUCAUUAUAGAGUUCUCUGUUCUUUUUGUUUCUUUCUCUUGACCCCCAGAGUGGGUUUUUUUUCUAUUUGUUUUCUCUUCUUCCAAAAUAUCUCUGCCAGGAAAAAGCAAAACAUUCCUUCAAUGUGCAGUUUAGUUAGUUUGUUUGUUUUUUCUUGAUGGGUCUUUGUCAAGAUUUGCGUUUGGUUCAGAAUUAGUUUAAUUUUCACCCAAAAAUAUUCUAUCCAUUUGGAGUUUUCCGCAGAUUUAGACAAACAAAAUGCUUGACGUCUGCAAGAAUUGAAGCUCAAAUUGUUCCCUUCAGCUUAUUCAUAAAAUUCUGUUGAGUAUUAAGAGGACUGUGUUAAAUGGGGUGCCUAAAGAUAUUUGUCAUAGUUGUAUUCAUGUGGGCUUUAUUGAUCCCAAAUACUCAUCAAUUAGGGUCCUAUGAAACUCAAAUUCUUCUUCAGUUACGGAGGCACUUGGAAUAUCCAGUGCAGUUGGAUGUUUUGGAGAAUUACAAUGGGGAUUUUUGCAGUUUGGGUUCAACACUGAAUAUGAGCAUUAUUUGCGAGAAUAACUCUGUUACUGAGCUCAAAAUCAAGGGAGAUAAGCUAGUAAAGGUCAAUGAAUUCCAUGGAGUUGCAGUUCCAAACAAUACCUUAUCUGAGCGUUUCUCCAUUGAUUCAUUUGUUACCACUUUGACAAGGUUAAGUAGUUUAAAAGUUCUCACUUUGGUUUCUUUGGGCAUUUGGGGACCUCUCCCUGUUAAAAUUCAUCGGUUGUCUUCUCUAGAAGUUCUGGAUAUGAGUUCAAAUUUUCUUUUUGGUAAGGUUCCAUCUGAGAUGUCUACAAUGGUGAAGCUUCAUACUUUGACAUUUGAUGGCAAUUUUUUCAAUGAGAGUCUCCUUGAGUGGUUAGAUUUGUUACCUAAUAUCACUAUUUUAAGUAUGAAGAAUAAUAGGUUGAAGGGUAAAUUUCCUCAUUCAAUUUCUAAAAUCACAGGCCUAACUGAUAUUAUUCUGUCACAUAAUGCUCUUUCUGGUGAAUUACCUGAUUUAAGUGCUUUGUCCAAUUUGCAUUUGUUGGAUUUAAGAGAAAAUCAUUUGGAUUCUGAACUGCCACUGUUGCCACAAGGAUUGACCACUAUUCUUCUUAGUAGUAAUGCUUUCUCUGGUGAGGUCCCAGAAGAAUUUGGCAAACUAAAUCUACUUCAACACCUUGAUCUGUCAAAUAAUGCUCUUACCGGAACGCCGCCUGCUGAUUUGUUCUCUUUGCCAAGUAUUAGUUACUUGAAUUUAGCGUUUAACGUUCUGAGUGGUUCACUUCCUGAACAUCUCAACUGUGGGAGUGAGCUUGGUUUUGUUGAUAUUUCUGAUAAUAGACUGCUUGGUAUGCUUCCUUCUUGCUUGAACGCCAGUUCGGAUAAGCGAAUUGUAAAGGUUAGUGGAAACUGCUUGUUGGAUAUACAAUAUCAGCACUCUGAGUCCUACUGCAAACAAGCUAGUUUGGCAAAGAAACAAACCACUGGAAAAGAGAUAGCAAUAUUGGUAGGUGUUGUUGGGGGAACUGUAAUACUUGUGGUGUUUUUGGCUGUUGUUCUUCUCAUCUUUUGUAGAAGACAACAUGCACGUCACGAUGUGGAUCGGUACAUGUUUCCCAAAGUUGUGCAAGAUAAUGCACAGCCCAAUAUUUCUGCUGAGCUCCUGGCAAAUGCUAGAAUCAUUUCUCAAACAGCAGCACUAGGAUCACAAGGUGCCCCAUCAUAUCGGGUGUUCUCCAUGGAAGAGUUGGAAGAAGCGACAGAAAUUUUUGAUAAAUCAGCAUUACUCGGUGAAGGCUCCAUUGGAAAAAUUUACAAGGGAAAAUUAGAGAAUGGAACCUAUGUUGCUGUAAGAGAAUUGACCGUUCAUAGACGAUGCACUAGUUGGAAUUUCAAACUUCGAAUGGAUUUGCUGUCAAAGUUUCGCCAUCCCCAUUUAGUUAGCCUUCUGGGUCACUGCAUUGAUGAUGGGGUGCAAGAUGACUCAACAGUCCACAGACUUUUUCUGGUUUAUGAAUUUAUUCCUUGUGGAAACUUCCGUGCUCGUCUUUCAGAAACUACUCCAGGAAAAGUCCUCAACUGGUCAGACAGGUUGGCGGUUCUGAUUGGUGUUGCCAAGGCUGUGCACUUUCUCCACACGGGUGUAAUCCCUCCUUCAUUCGGCAAUAGCUUGAAGACAGAUAGUAUAUUGCUUGAUGAGCAUCAGAUUGCAAAACUUAGUGAUUAUGGAAUGUCAAUCCUUACAGAAGAAAGUGAAAAAGUUGAGGCAAAAGGAGAUGGCCACAACGCCUGGAACACGAGGAAGAAAGAGGAUGAUGUGUAUAACUUUGGUUUCAUAUUGCUGGAGUCGCUGGUGGGUCCUUUUUUUAGUGGAAAAGGAGAAACAUUUUUGCUCAAUGAAAUGACAUCCUUUGGUAGCCAAGAUGGUAGGCGUAAAAUUGUGGAUCCUGCUGUGCUAACCACUAGCUCCCAAGAGUCUUUGUCAAUUGUAAUAUCACUCACCAACAAAUGCAUCUCUCCCGAGUCACAGAGUCGCCCCUCAUUUGAGGAUGUCCUCUGGAACCUACAAUAUGCAGCUCAAGUCCAGGCUACAGCCGAUACAGAUCAAAGAUCUGAUGCAACUUCAUUGUCAUGAGGUAUUCAAGAAAUUCAACUGCAUCUCAUCAGCAAUACUUGCUCAUGCCGCUGUCUCAAUUGGGAUGCAAGCUGAAUGCAUGAUGUUUGUGAAGCACAAAAUGGUUGCAAACCUCAGCCUCGUGUUCAAUCUUCUAGUCCUCGUUAUCAUUUUCUUUUGUAUAAAAAUGUAAAUUUGUCGAUUCUUUGGAUUUUAGAAUUUAGAAGUAGGUGAUGUUGCAAAACAGAGACUAGUCUUCACAUGAAUUUGUAUUACCCUCCUUCAGAAAGGAUAGAAAUGAAAGUGACAGAA